CUUGUGCAGACGAGAAGCUCAAAGCCCAGCUCUCCUAUCCGAUAAAACCAAAGAGCCUCAAACGGUCUCACAGGCUCUCACAAAGUCUCUCUCUUUCACUCUCUGUCUAUCUCUCUGUCAAUCUCUCUGAGCCAUAGCCAGAACCACAGAGCAAAAGCCAUGACUUCGUCUACAUCUGUGACUCUGUCUCAAGCCCUUUUGGCUCGCGCCAUUUCUCACCAUGGCUCGAGCUCAACCUCAGACCGGGUCUCUCUUUCUGCAGCCCUCACUCUACCAACUUUCUCCGGUCUCAAAUCCACUUCAUCGUCGCCAUCAUCGUCGUCUUCGACAUCAUCCAAGCUCUCUCGGUUCCAGCGCCGCCGUCUAGGCGCGAACAGGCCGGUCAGGGCCGCCGCCGUCGAGACUCUGGACACCACCACAGAGACCUCUUUGGUCGAGAAGUCGGUCAACACGAUCCGAUUCUUGGCCAUUGAUGCUGUAGAGAAGGCCAAUUCUGGUCACCCCGGUUUGCCCAUGGGCUGUGCUCCAAUGGGUCAUAUUUUGUACGAUGAGAUCAUGAGGUACAACCCCAAGAACCCGUACUGGUUCAACCGUGACCGGUUCGUGUUGUCUGCUGGACACGGGUGUAUGUUGCAGUACGCUUUGCUUCACCUUGCUGGAUAUGACAGUGUCAAGGAAGAAGACUUGAAAGGCUUCCGUCAAUGGGGAAGCAAGACCCCUGGACAUCCUGAGAACUUUGAGACACCUGGUGUUGAAGUCACAACUGGUCCUUUGGGGCAAGGCAUUGCAAAUGCUGUUGGUUUGGCCCUUGCUGAGAAGCACUUGGCUGCACGUUACAACAAGCCAGACAGUGAGAUCGUUGACCACUACACAUAUGUUAUAUUGGGUGAUGGUUGUCAAAUGGAGGGUAUUUCAAACGAAGUUGCUUCUCUUGCGGGGCAUUGGGGACUUGGGAAGCUGAUAGCCUUCUAUGAUGAUAACCACAUUUCCAUUGAUGGAGACACUGAGAUUGCAUUCACUGAGAGUGUUGAUACCCGUUUUGAGGGUCUUGGGUGGCACGUUAUCUGGGUGAAGAAUGGAAACACCGGGUAUGAUGAGAUUCGAGCUGCCAUCAAGGAAGCAAAGGCUGUCACAGAUAGACCCACUUUGAUAAAGGUGACAACAACCAUUGGUUUUGGAUCUCCAAACAAAGCAAACUCAUACAGUGUUCAUGGUGCUGCAUUGGGUGCCAAGGAAGUGGAUGCUACCCGGAAGAACCUUGGAUGGCCAUAUGAGCCUUUCCAUGUGCCAGAGGAUGUUAAAAGUCAUUGGAGUCGCCAUGCCGCUGAGGGUUCUGCUCUUGAAGCUGAAUGGAAUGCCAAGUUUGCUGAAUAUGAGAAGAAGUACAAGGAGGAAGCUGCAGAGCUGAAGUCCAUCAUUACGGGUGAGCUACCAGCUGGUUGGGAAAAAGCACUUCCGACUUACACUCCAGAGAGCCCAGCUGAUGCUACCCGAAAUUUAUCUCAAGCAAACCUAAAUGCCCUUGCGAAGGUUCUCCCUGGUCUUAUUGGUGGAAGUGCAGACCUUGCUUCUUCGAACAUGACUUUGCUAAAAAGUUUUGGAGACUUCCAGAAGAAUACCCCGGAAGAACGCAAUGUUAGGUUCGGUGUUAGGGAGCAUGGGAUGGGAGCCAUCUGCAAUGGGAUUGCCCUUCACUGCCCUGGCCUCAUUCCAUACUGUGCCACUUUCUUUGUUUUCACAGACUACAUGAGAGCUGCCAUAAGGAUCUCUGCCUUGUCAGAGGCUGGAGUUAUCUAUGUUAUGACCCAUGAUUCAAUUGGGCUUGGAGAAGAUGGACCAACCCAUCAACCAAUAGAGCACUUGGCAAGUUUCCGGGCAAUGCCCAACAUUUUGAUGCUCCGCCCAGCUGAUGGGAAUGAGACUGCUGGGGCAUACAGGGUUGCAGUCCUUAACAGGAAGAGGCCAUCUAUCCUCGCCCUCUCUCGCCAAAAGCUGCCCAAUCUUCCUGGGACUUCCAUUGAGGGAGUCGAGAAGGGUGGUUACAUUAUAUCAGACAACUCUUCAGGUAACAAGCCAGAUGUCAUUUUGAUUUCAACUGGCUCCGAGUUGGAAAUUGCUUUCAAAGCUGGUGAGGAACUCAGAAAGGAAGGGAAGGCUGUUAGAGUUGUCUCCUUUGUUUCUUGGGAACUCUUUGAUGACCAAUCAGAUGCCUACAAGGAAAGUGUUUUGCCGGCUGCAGUAACAGCAAGAGUUAGCAUUGAAGCUGGAUCAACAUUUGGGUGGCAAAAGCUUAUUGGAAGCAAAGGAAAGGCUAUUGGAAUUGAUCAUUUUGGGGCAAGUGCACCAGCUGGAAAAAUAUACAAGGAGUUUGGCCUUACCGUCGAGGCAGUUAUUGCAGCAGCAAAAGAAGUUAGCUAGGCAACUUGUUAUUUAGCAAAUUUGGUUUUGGUUGGAGAUCAAGGUAAGAGGCCAUAUUCUUGUGAUUUGUUUCACAGCAUGGUCUCUUUUGUUUUAAUAAAAUAUUAUUUUUCGUUUGUUGCUUAUAAUUCUUCAGUGAAGCAACAUAGAUCAAAAGAGACGGUAGGGUAUGAGAAUGCUCUUCUUGUAUUUUGUAACAACUCUUGGACCUGUCUUGAGUUUUGUAAUGCUAAUGCUCUGUGGUUAUCAAUGAGUUUCACUUUCUCCAUCAUUUUCUUCACUUUGUAACUUAGAAACUAUUUGGGAUUGUCUAUUUUGUAAUAAGAAGGGCAGCCUUACACUCGGAAUAAAUAUUGUAACUGUUAUUUUUCAGGUAAAUAAAGUUAUAUCCUUUCUCA